AUCCAGAGUUUGGAGAUGUCCCCAUGUUGACUCCAGGGAGCAAAGAAAUGAUGGCCCAGGCUCUGAUGGCCACCUUCAGUGGCUUCACAAAGGAGCAGCAGCGACUGUGUAUCCCCAAAGAUCCCAGACAGUGGACAGAAAACCACGUGGCGGAGUGGCUGACGUGGACCGUGAAUGAGUUCAGCCUGAAGAACGUCGACUUUGAAAAAUUUAACAUGGAUGGAGCCACGCUGUGUGCAAUGGGGAAGGAGCGGUUCUUGGACUUAGCACCGGACUUUGUUGGCGACAUACUUUGGGAGCAUUUGGAAAUGCUUCAGAAAGAGGAUACAAAGCAUUACCCCAUCAAUGGACUGACCUCCAACUUCCAGGAAUCCCGCUAUACCUCAGACUAUUUUGUCAGCUAUGGCAUUGAGCAUGCUCAGUGUGUCCCUCCUUCUGAAUACUCAGAGCCCGGCUUCAUCACAGAAUCCUACCAGACGCUCCAUCCCAUCAGCUCAGAAGAGCUGCUCACACUCAAAUACGAGAGCGAAUAUCCUGGCAUCAUCCUGCGAGACGCGGCACUGAACUCCAUGCAGGCCGACUACUUCACCGUCAAGCAGGAGGUGGUGUCCCCCGACAACAUGUGUGUGGGACGCCUGAGCAGAGGUAAGCUCGGAGGCCAGGAUUCCUUCGAGAGCAUUGACAGCUAUGAAAGCUGUGAUCGACUGACCCAGUCGUGGAGCAGCCAGUCCUCAUUCAGCAGCCUGCAGCGGGUACCGUCAUACGACAGCUUUGACUCAGAAGACUACCCCACUGCCCUACCUGGCCACAAGCCCAAGGGCACCUUCAAAGACUACGUGAGGGAGCGCUCCGACCUUAGCAAAGAUAAACCCGUCAUCCCAGCAGCUGCGCUGGCGGGAUACACAGGCAGCGGGCCCAUCCAGCUGUGGCAGUUUCUGCUGGAGUUGCUGACCGACAAGUCUUGCCAGUCCUUCAUCAGCUGGACAGGCGACGGCUGGGAGUUUAAGCUUUCUGACCCAGAUGAGGUCGCUCGUAGGUGGGGCAAACGAAAAAACAAGCCCAAGAUGAACUAUGAGAAACUGAGCCGCGGCCUGCGUUACUACUACGACAAGAAUAUUAUCCACAAGACGUCUGGGAAACGCUACGUCUACCGCUUUGUCUGUGACUUAAAAAGCCUAUUGGGCUACACGCCGGAAGAGCUGCACGCCAUGUUGGACGUAAAGCCCGAUACGGACGAGUGAAAGCAAAGAUGGGAAAAAAAACCCAGAAAGGAGCGAGGACACAAGCUAAUGAGCCACUUGGACUGAGGCUCGUAAAGUGAUCUUAACUGUUUGGUAGAGUUGGUAAACCGGUUAUUGGAGGACCAAAAAUGUUUUUAAUGACAAACUGUGGUCAACUUUGAGCUCCUGUCUGUCAGGCCAUGUUUUAAAAGGAAGGCAGAAGCCAAAAACCUGUAAUCACACCUUGUUGGAUCUGAGAUGUGUGUGCGUGAGUGUGUGCAUGUGUGUGUGAACAUGAGCGUGUCUGAUGCAUACUGGUAUUAUUUAGUAACUCAAGGCAAAUGAAGUGCUUUUGGGUAGAGUUCAGGUUUUCUUCUGUUCAGAGUCGCUGAGUGGAGGAAGUGAAAAGCACAGAGACACACAACCAAAAGAGAUUUUCUUUGUCGGGUUACAUAAAGAGCAGGUGGAAAGUUCCUGCUGAAGUAACGGUUGCCAAACUGUUAGGUAUUAUGUCGUAUAUAUUAUAAUACUAGAACUCAAUUCAAAACUGUUUUUUUUUUUUAGUUAGGGGCGUAUGAAAACAGAAUCAACCAUUGGAUGCAAGACUGUUAUGUUCUUAAUGAGCCUUUUAGCUGAAAUGUGUUGAGUUGUGUCAGACAACACUAUAGACUCUGGCCCUGUUGUGUGAAGGGAGGUUACUCAUACCCCGUUUGCCUGAAAGACAACUGAAAGUAGCCGUUGCUUUUGAAACGGGUGCUUUCACCUUUACGUCCGCCUUGUUCGAGACACGCGUUGUGACUGAAACCUUUUUGUUUUUCUUUUGCAUAUGCCAUGAGUAUUAGCAAACUGUAGACAAUCUGUAUGGGAGGGGAGAUUCAAGAGGUUUUGGGUAAGAACUCUUGGAAUGUGUCACUGUUCACGCUGGCAUUUUGUCGUGUUUUUGUUAGUCCUGUAAAUCCAUCCAACCACACGUUUUCUAACCGAGGGAAGGAUUUGAGAACAAUCCUUGGAAUGUAGAGUUUGUUAUUGAGGAAGGAAAGGAACCAGAGUACAACAUACAGGUACAUCAUAAUGGAAAGAUGAUGAGGAUGGAGAGCUGUUUGGUGAAGAUGAAGGUGAAUAAUGCAGGUGAUGACCACUGAUGGUUGGAAACAGACAGAAACAAUGUUGAUUUGCUUGACAUGUACAAGGCUCACGAAUGAAAACAGCUUUAUACAUGUAGGUGUCAGAACUCAAGGAUGUCUCCAGUAUGUGCUUCGAGUGCAUCUUUGUCAGUCAAGUGGUUAUUUUAAAGUGGAUAGGCAGCCUGUCCCCUCCAACAGUGGGAACUGUGUCUGCAAACUGGGAAAUGCCAAAGUUGAACAUUAUCUUCGAAUACAAAGUUAUUGUUUACAGUGGCUGAAUGUUACCCUAUGGAUGAAAAUAGCUUUUGAGAUGUCUAUUUGUUCAGAUUGUGUUUCAUAAUGCUUUAUUGAGACCCGGAUUACACAAAUAAGCAGGAGAGACGAAGCAGGAAUAAUAACCAAAACCCAUGUGAGGUCUUUGGCUGCACAAGAUGUGGACCACAAUUCUCUUAUGUGCGUUGGAAAUGGUUGUCUUUUAUCUUUUUGGUUCAAUGUUUGUAAAGCAGCCCGCUUUAGGGGAAAAGUCUUUGCUGAUUUGGGUUUUCCACCGAGUGCCGAAACAAGAUGCUGUAGUUGUUGUUAAUAUGUGAAACGCUUGUCCGUCGUUAUCAAGCACUGACUGUAAAAACUUGUGUUGCUUCUACAACACAGAGCAUUGGGCCAGAAACAAAACCACGUGUUAUAAACUGCACUGUAUGUUCAUUCCUUUUGUUGUGUUGUUCUCAAACAGUGUUUUAAAAUUUUUGUUUCUAUUUUUAGUCACUUUCUAUUAAGUAAAAUAUUAAACUUGUUUAGUCAGGAAUUUUUCGUUUUGUUGUUUUCAUGUGGGAGACUCCAAUCUACGGCAGGACUGAUGCAUUAUUGACUCACUCACACCAAUACCUGAUGGCAUUUGCAUAUCUCAAAAUGAAUUCAGAAGGAAAGCCUUAUUGUUUUGGAUGUUGUGCUCUUUUUUGUAUAUUUCAAAAUGUUGUUUUGUUUAGUUUUUUAUGUUAUGAGAUAAUUUUUUAUUGUAUUUAGUUCACAAACAUUUUGAAUAUUUUUCAAUAAUUUAUAUUUUAUAAAAGACAAGAGAUGCAGACAGCUGGUGCUUUCACGGGAAUUUUAACGGUAGUGCAGGACAAAAUAAUGUAGCGAUUUUUAUUUUCCAAUUUUUGUUUUUUUAUAUAUAUAUAUAGAAAAUAAACCUGUCUGCUAGAGAGGAAAAAACAGGCUGAUGCUGGCCCAUCAAUGACUUCUGCUGGAAAGGUUUUAUAAACUGUAGCUUCUAUUUCUAAAGUGUACUUAAUGUACUUCAAAAUGUUAUAAAAUAUAUGUGAAGACAAAUUGUA